UAUUUAUUUUUAUUUUAUUCAUCUAUUUGUUUAUAAUUAAAUAAUGAAACUUAUGUCAUCAAGAUGUGAAUUUUUCCCCUUUUAAAAUAUUAAGCAAAUUUCAACUUUAAUUAUACUUGGUAAUUAAAGAUUUAAUUGGUAUUUGGAAGUUGAGGGAAAGGAGGAAUUUGGGGGAAAUAUUGGUAAAUUAGAGAGAGAAGAGUGAAAUUUGGAAUUUAUUAAAGAAGAGAAAAAGAGGGGAAUUUAUUUUAUAAAAGGAAAAGGAAAGGAAAAGAAAAGGAAAAGAAAAGGAAAAGAAAAAGGAAAAAGAAAAAGAGAAAGAAGAAGAAGAAGCCGAGAAACCCUAGCCACGCCGCCGCCGCCGAGUCGACGCACAUCGUCCCAGCCGCGUCGGAGAUCAGGUCAAGUCGAGCCGUCGCACGCCAGCCGUCGCCCGAAGCCGCGUUACACCCGUGCCUGCGCCGCGCUGCAUCGAUCCGAGGGAGAGCAGCUGAAGCCGCGUCGCCGAGCCGCCCAGUCCCAUCGUGCGCAACCGCCAACCACUGCGUGAAGCCGCGCACUGCCAAGUCACCGACCCGCAGCAGUCGACGGCGUCAGCCGCGCGCCUCCAGCCGUGAAGCAGAACCCGCGUUUCGGCUGAUCUGCGCCCGCCCGUCGGCCCGAGUCCAAAACCGACCCGCGCCGCCCGCCGAACCCGAACUCCGCGCGCGCGCCUACUCCAAGCCGAGCCGCGCCUCCCUGCUGACGUGAGCCGAGCCGCUCGCGCAAGCCCCUUUCGCCAGGACUGAGCCGAGCCGAUUCUGUCCUUCUUCCAGCCGAGCCGCCAAGACAAUUUUGGCUCCUUCCACCUAGUUUUUGGUAAAUUUCCAAAUUCCCUAGCCUGCCCAGUAAUUAAAUGAGUUAAUUUGGAAAUUUAAUUAAUUUAAUUACUUUCCUCAAGAAGCAACUUGGACCAAAUAGCUGCUGCAGCUUAGGACUUCCUCAGUAGGAACUCAUCUAGCAACAUCUCGAGGAAGAAUGCCGCCACGUAGAGGUGCACGCCGAGGAGGUGGCAGGGGAGGCAGAGGAGCCGGUCGUGGCCAACCGGCGGAGCAACCUGCCGCGCCGCCAGUCAACCCCGACGUACCAGUCAACCCUAAUGCACCGGUCACUCAGGCGGAUCUCGCCGCAAUGGAGCAGCGUUACCAGGCCAUGCUGCAAGCUGCUCUAGCGCCGUUCCUCGCUGCUCAGCAGAACCAGGCCGCCCCUGUUCAGGACCAGCCUGUAGUCCCUCCAGCCCCUGUUCAGGACCAGCCCGUCAUCCCUCCAGCCCCGGUGGAAGCUCAGCCGGUGCCAGUACAACUGUCAGCUGAGGCCAAGCACUUGAGGGAUUUUAGGAAGUACAACCCGAAGACUUUCGACGGAUCCUUGGACAACCCCUUUAGAGCCCAGCUGUGGUUGACAUCCAUAGAGACGAUCUUCAGGUACAUGAAGUGCCCAGAAGACCAGAAGGUGCAGUGUGCAGCUUUCUGUUUGGAGGAUAGGGGGACUGCCUGGUGGGAGACUGCUGAGAGGGCGCUGGGAGGAGAUGCCAGCAAGAUCACAUGGGAGCAAUUCAGGGAGAGCUUUUAUGCUAAGUUCUUCUCUGCCAACGUGAAGCACGCCAAGCUCCAAGAAUUCCUAAACUUGGAGCAAGGCAAACUGAGCGUGGAACAGUAUGAUGCCGAGUUCGACCUGUUGUCCCGUUUUGCCCCUGAUGUGGUAAGGGAUGAGGCCGCCAGGACUGAGAGAUUUGUUAAUGGCCUCAGGUUAGACCUCCAGGGUUUUGUACGAGCUCUUCGACCAACCACUCAUGCGGAUGCUCUACGCAUAGCACUGGAUCUGAGCCUGCAUGAGAGAGCUGGUCAAUCUAAGGUUGUCGGCACAGGGUCAGCCUCGGGACAGAAGAGGAAGGCGGAGGCGCAGCCCGACGUAAUACCACAGCGGACUCCGAGGUCAGGAGGUGUCUUCCAGAGACACCGUCGGGAGCUGGCAGCAGCUGGGAGAACUUUGAGAGAGCUACCCACUUGUACUACCUGUGGGAAGGUCCAUGGAGGACAAUGUUUAGCUGGGAGUGGAGUCUGCUUCAGGUGCAGGCAGCCGGGGCACACUGCUGAUGCGUGUCCUCGGAAACCCUUAGAGACGACGCCACGUCAGCCUUCUGCUCCCCAGCAGGGGAGAGUCUUUGCCACGAACCGGCAGGAGGCCGAGCGAGCUAGUACGGUGGUGACAGGUACGCUCCCAAUCUUGGGGCAUUAUGCUUUGGUACUAUUUGACUCGGGGUCAUCGCAUUCAUUUAUAUCCUCUAUUUUUGUCAAGCAUGCGGGUUUAGAAGUAGAACCGUUGGGUAGUGCCUUGUCUGUCUCUACUCCUUCUGGAGAGGCCCUUUUGUCUAAGGAAAAAAUAAGGGCAUGUUGGGUAGAAAUAGCAAACCAUACCUUGGAUGUAACCUUACUGGUGCUAGAUAUGCAAGAUUUCGAUGUAAUUUUAGGCAUGGAUUGGUUGUCCACUAACCAUGCAACCAUAGACUGUUUCAAUAAGGAAGUAGUCUUUAACCCUCCUUCAGGGGAUAAGUUUAAAUUUAGAGGAGCAGGCAUGGUAGGUAUACCCAAGGUCAUCUCAGCAAUGAAGGCGAGUAAGCUACUUAGCCAGGGUACUUGGGGUAUCUUGGCAAGCGUAGUAGAUGUGGCAGAACCAGAAGUUUCCCUAUCUUCCGAACCAGUAGUAAGGGAGUACCCUGACGUUUUCCCCGACGAACUCCCAGGACUUCCGCCUCCUAGGGAGGUAGACUUCGCCAUCGAGUUAGAGCCCGGCACCGCCCCUAUCUCUAGAGCUCCUUACAGAAUGGCCCCAGCCGAAUUAAAGGAGUUGAAAGUCCAGUUACAGGAGCUGUUGGACAAGGGCUUUAUCCGGCCCAGUGUAUCACCGUGGGGAGCCCCAGUGUUGUUCGUGAAGAAGAAGGAUGGGUCGAUGCGCCUUUGCAUUGACUACCGAGAGUUGAACAAGGUGACAGUUAAAAACCGCUACCCCUUACCCAGGAUUGAGGACUUGUUUGACCAGUUACAGGGGGCCACCGUCUUUUCCAAGAUCGACCUGCGAUCAGGCUAUCACCAGUUGAGGAUUAGGGACGGUGAUAUUCCCAAGACGGCCUUUCGUUCGAGGUACGGACACUACGAAUUCAUAGUGAUGUCCUUUGGUUUAACUAAUGCCCCUGCAGUGUUCAUGGACUUGAUGAACAGGGUGUUUAAGGACUUUCUAGACCAAUUCGUCAUAGUCUUCAUUGACGAUAUCUUGAUCUAUUCCAAGACUGAGGCCGAACACGAAGAGCACUUGCACCAAGUCUUGGAGACCCUUCGAGCUCAUAAGCUAUACGCCAAGUUCUCCAAGUGUGAGUUCUGGUUAAAGAAGGUGACAUUUUAGG